GUCGGAGCUCAACUCAUCAAUAGGGUUUGAUCAGCGCUCCGCUCGUGCUAGCCACCCAGCCCCCCCGCGCCCACUUGCGACGGCGAUGGCUUCGCCGUACUCGCUCAGCUGGGCCGACGCGCCGCCCUACCACUACCACGGGAGACCCCAGCCAGCGCCCGACUCACCCGCAUCCUCCGACGGGGCCGGGCCCCGCUCGCUCUGGAUCGGCGGCCUGCUGCCAUGGAUGGACGAGGACUACCUCUACGGCUGCUUCACCACCUCGCGCGAGCUUCUUUCCCUUGUCAUCAAACGGAACAAGCAGACUGGCCAAUCAGAGGGCUUUGGCUUCCUCAAAUUUUCUGACCAUACCGCCGCUGCUCAUAUUCUCAAGUCUUACAAUGGUCAGAAGAUGCCUAACGCUGUUCAAGAUUUCAAGCUCAACUGGGCCACCCAACAACCUGCUCCCAAGAAACUUCCUGAUCCAGAUUUCAAGCUCGACCUGGCCACGCAGCAGGAGAGGCAUGCCGCCGUUGAUUCCUCAUCUGAUCAUUCCAUAUUCGUUGGGGACUUGGCCUACAAUGUUACAGGAUACAUGCUACACCAUGUGUUCAAGGCCCGCUACCCAUCAGUGAAGAGCGCAAAAAUCAUCUUUGACAAGUUCACUGGCCUCUCAAAAUGCUAUGGAUUUGUUCAGUUUGGAGAUGUCGAUGAGCAGAUACAAGCACUGACAGAAAUGAAUGGAGCCUACUGUUCUACCAGGCCUAUGCGGAUUGGACCUGUUCCCAAGAAGAAAAAUUCUUUCCGCAGCAAACAGUGGACUGAGUCUUAUCACGAUGCAAACAAUUCAAGGCUAUUUGUUGGGCAACUUGACCAAAGUGUGACUUCUGAAGAUCUGAUGCAAGCCUUUAGUCCAUAUGGGGAGCUUGUUGAUGUGAAGGCAUUACCAGGGAAGGGCUGUGGGUUUGUCACGUACUCUAACAGGGCAUCAGCAGAGGAAGCCAUUAGAAUGCUGAAUGGAAGUCAGCUGGGAGGUAAAGCCAUAAAACUUUCGUGGGGUUACCCUUCUGCUGACAAGCAGGCUCAAAGGAACAGCGGCGGCGGGUUCGGACGCGACUGCUUCGUUUGGUCUCCUCAGUAUCCCUACGCUUACGCUCAGACAUGCCAACCGGGAUAUGGAUAUUAAUUACCGAUAGCAAGCUGCCCACAGUGCAGUGAGAUCGUGUGAAGAAAGAUGUCAGUCACAAGGAACAGCUGCUAGGGUGUAGAGGGAUUUUUGGUCCAUGUUUUUUUUUCUUUUUGGAAAUUGGUUCCUCCUAUGGUUGCAUACCGUGAAGCAUCGGCAUCUGGAUCCAUACAUGAGAAUGCAAACAACGAUUGAAUGUACAUUUACACACAUACUGCUACUACUAUAUUAAUUACUGUACCUUGAAUUUUUUGUCUACCCUAUAUUACGCAGCACGUCCAUUAAUUUUU